AUGGGCAGCGCCUCCUGCACCAUACCAGCUCGCGUCACUUCGAAAUCGAGCUCGCGUACGGAAGAUAUGGAAGACGACAGACCGAGAGGCGACAAGCGGAUCCUGAAGCGCGAGGACGGCGUGCAGACCAGCCGAAAAAGGCGCCGCUUAGGAGCCUUAGAGAUCUCGACCAGUCCGUUACCGCAGACAGAUGAGGUGAAUAUUCUGUUGGUCCAGAAGAUAGUGACAGAGGCGCAGGCAUCACCAAAGGACGCGCCUGGAGUAAAAGAGGCUGGAGAUGAGACCGUAGCUACUAUCCAAGUCGCGCACGAAGCUGUGGAGGAAAAGGUACAAGGUGCCGCACCCGAGCCACCAGCGGUGUCGUUGCUUGCGAGUCGCCUGACGAAGAUCAGCUCGACCGAAAUUAGCGAUGAGAUCGACAACAUUUGGUCAAUGGUGCGGAGCUUCACUCUCUCCAACAUCAAAAGCAAAGCCAGUCAGAAUGCCAAUGCUUGUCUACCGGACAGCCCUCCAGAUCCUCUCCCACGCCUGUAUACGCUGCUCUUUGGAGAACAGUGGAGGCAGCAGUUCUUCAUCAUGAACUCAAGCAAGAGCUGGAACCGUCGUAAAGCCCUCGAGGCAUGUCUGAGUGUUGCCAUUUAUUCGCUGGUUUUUGAGGAGGAGCUACCAUGGCCUGGGCCUGUAGUAGCUGUGGCUCGAAUGCAACAUGAGGCAGUGGUUUACAAGCGGGUACUUAGCAACCAUGGUAUCGAGGCAGAACUAGAGACCAUCCAUUGGGAAGCUGCAGCCUUGAGUCCCCUCGACGUAGAGUUCCAGCGAGACAUCAUAAGUCCGGCAGCGAAUGCAAUUGCUGGUCGCAUCCUUCCCAUGCUUGAACUGCAGCUCCUGGUGCUCAGAGCCACAGACCAAGACAAUGAUCUUCCGCAGCUUCGGACACAAAUGUUGGUCGAUGUCUCAAGAAUCGUCAAGAAAGCGCUCAUCCUUAAAGGUAGGAUGCGUGCGGCUCCAGAAUACUAUGAUUGGUCUUGGGCUAGGACGGGACAGCCUUUCAAUCACUUGAUGGAAGAUUUGAGGCAGGGUAGUGGCUGGCGACAGGUGGAGUGGGCAGUAACGCCUAGAAUCAAGGUAAAGGAGACGAAGGGGAGUGAAGAGUGGGAGACAGUGACCCUGGCAAAGGUGUUCACCAAGAAGUCGUGGAGGAGAGUGGGAUAG